AAAUAAAACGGAUUUCGGUGACGAUCUAAAUGCCGGCAUGCGAGCCAUGGUGUCCCUUAGUGAAGCUCCAGCUAAAGAAAUUAGCCAAGGAAGCACCGUGGAUCUUGAAGAAAGAAGCUUUUGCUGAAAGAGCAGCGGUCGUUGGUAAAGAAUUAGACAUCUACGAUGCGGACUGGGGCCAAGCGGAACAAUUCGUCGAUGCUCGAACCGGUCUCGAAGACGUAGACGCUCGAACCCGUCCCCGAGUCGCAGACGCUCGAUUCGGUCUCCGAGACGUAGACGGUCGACCCGGUCUUAAAGACGUAGACGGUCGACCCGGCCUUAGAGACGUAGACGGUCGACCCGGCCUUAGAGACGUAGACGGUCGACCUGGUCUUAGAGACGUAGACGGUCGACCCGGCGUUAGAGACGUAGACGGUCGACCCGGUCUUAGAGACGUAGACGGUCGACCCGGUCUUAGAGAGGUAAACGGUCGACCCGGUUUUAGAGACGUAGACGGUCGACCCGGUCUUAGAGAGGUAAACGGUCGAUCCGGUCUUAGAGACGUCGACGGUCGACCCGGUCUCAGAGACAUAGACACAGAGACACUAGAGGCGAGAAGAGCUCGGGAAGAAAUCGCGACCCAGUGGUCUGCUGCUCGCGGAGCACGCGAUCAGUUGGUCGAAACCGAUGCUGUGGAUCGAAUUUCUAGACACGUAGGAGAGCCAGGAAGAAUGGAUGUUGCUCUAGAUGCUGAUGCUGCUACUGUUGCUGGUGUUGGUGUUGCUGAAGUUGGUGUAGCUGCUGCUGCUGGUGUUGCUGAAGUUGGUGUAGCUGCUGCUACUGCUGAUGAUGAAGAUAUCGAAGGAGCUGCUGAUAAGAGAAUGUUUUUAGACGAAUGCGAUCCUCACUGUCCCCGACGCAUAUCGCGAAAGGAAAGACUACGCAGACUCGACGAGAGGCAAAGAAUCGUAGAUGAUUAUCUGUUGAACAAGGGUUUUGGUUACUUCGACGAUGUCUGUACUUGUUCCCUUUCCUGUGUCAUACGUGCUUUGAGAGAUGACACUUUCGUCAGAAGCAUACUAGCGUCCGCUUUGUUAUUCACGCUCGGGCUGAAACUGUGCGAGGAACUGGACGCUUGGUACAUGCCGAGUCGUUCAUCGUGAAAUCCAAAUAAAUUAAUAAAUGCAAGCGAAA